CCGGACCCCAGCCCCGCCGUCAUGGGCAGCCCAGAGGGGCGCUUUCACUUUGCCAUCGACCGCGGAGGCACCUUCACAGAUGUCUUUGCCCAGUGCCCAGGCGGACACGUGCGGGUCUUGAAAUUGUUGUCAGAGGACCCUGCCAACUAUGCAGACGCACCUACUGAGGGCAUCCGCCGCAUCCUGGAGCAGGAGGGGCGCAUGCUGUUGCCCCGGGACCGGCCGCUGGACACCAGUCGCAUUGCCAGCAUCCGCAUGGGUACUACGGUGGCCACCAAUGCACUGCUGGAGCGGCAGGGGGAGCGGGUGGCACUGCUGGUGACACGUGGCUUCCGGGACCUGCUGCACAUCGGCACCCAGGCCCGCGAGGACCUCUUUGACCUAGCCGUGCCCAUGCCUGAGGUGCUGUACGAGGAGGUGCUGGAGGUGGACGAGCGUGUGGUGCUGCACCGUGGAGAGCCAGGCACUGGGACACCCGUCAAAGGCCGCACCGGGGACCUGCUACAAGUGCAGAAGCCCGUGGACCUGGGGGCCCUGCGUGGAAAGCUGGAGGGGCUCCUGUCGCGAGGCAUCCGCAGCUUGGCUGUGGUGCUCAUGCACUCGUACACGUGGGCCCAGCACGAGCAGCAGGUGGGCACGCUGGCCCGGGAGCUGGGCUUCACGCACGUGUCACUGUCCUCGGAGGCCAUGCCCAUGGUGCGCAUUGUUCCUCGGGGCCACACGGCCUGCGCCGAUGCCUACCUCACGCCCACCAUCCAGCGUUACGUGCAGGGCUUCUGCCGUGGCUUCCAGGGCCAGCUCAAGGAUGUGCAAGUGUUGUUCAUGCGCUCCGAUGGUGGCCUGGCGCCCAUGGAUGCCUUCAGCGGCUCCCGUGCUGUGCUCUCGGGCCCUGCCGGUGGUGUGGUUGGCUACUCGGCUACCUCCUACCGGAUGGAGGGCGGCCAGCCUGUCAUCGGCUUUGACAUGGGAGGUACAUCCACAGAUGUGAGCCGCUAUGCUGGGAAAUUUGAACAUGUCUUUGAGGCCAGCACAGCCGGCAUCACUCUCCAGGCUCCCCAGCUGGACAUCAACACAGUGGCGGCUGGUGGGGGUUCCCGCCUCUUCUUCAGGUCUGGCCUCUUCGUGGUUGGGCCUGAGUCAGCAGGAGCCCAUCCAGGCCCCGCCUGCUACCGCAAAGGGGGCCCCGUGACAGUGACGGAUGCGAAUCUGGUCCUGGGUCGCCUGCUGCCUGCCUCCUUCCCCUGCAUUUUUGGGCCGGGAGAGGACCAGCCACUGUCCCCUGAGGCCUCCUGCAAGGCCCUGGGAGCUGUGGCCGCUGAGGUCAACAGCUUCCUGACCAACGGGCCCUGCCCGGCUUCCCCGCUGAGCCUGGAGGAGGUGGCCAUGGGGUUCGUGCGCGUGGCCAACGAGGCCAUGUGCCGGCCCAUCCGUGCACUCACACAGGCACGAGGCCACGACCCCUCGGCCCAUGUGCUGGCCUGCUUCGGGGGAGCUGGUGGGCAGCAUGCUUGUGCCAUCGCCCGGGCCCUGGGCAUGGACACCGUGCACAUUCACAGGCACAGUGGGCUGCUGUCGGCACUGGGGCUGGCCCUGGCAGAUGUGGUGCAUGAGGCACAGGAGCCCUGCGCCCUGUCCUAUGCACCCGAGACCUUCGCGCAGCUGGACCAGAGGCUGAGCCACCUGGAGGAGCAGUGCGUGGAUGCCCUGCAGGCCCAGGGCUUCCCUAGGUCCCAGAUCAGCACUGAGAGCUUCCUGCACCUGCGCUACCAGGGCACGGACUGUGCCCUGAUGGUGUCUGCGCAUCAGCACCCGGCCACGGCCCGCUCGCCCCGUGCUGGUGACUUUGGGGCAGCCUUCAUGGAGAUGUACAUGAGGGAGUUUGGCUUUGUCAUCCCGGAGCGGCCAGUGGUCGUGGACGAUGUGCGGGUGAGGGGCACAGGCCACAGCAGUCUUCGCCUGGAGGAUACCCCCAAAGUCCAGACGGGACCUCCCCGGGUGGACAAGAUGACCCAGUGCUACUUUGAGGGGGGCUACCAGGAGACUCCUGUGUACCUGCUAGGAGAGCUGGGCUGUGGGCACAAGCUCCAGGGGCCCUGCCUCAUCAUCGACUGCAACAGCACCAUCCUGGUGGAGCCAGGUUGCCAGGCAGAGGUGACUGAGACAGGCGACAUCCUCAUCUCAGUGGGGGCCGAGGCCCCCAGCACAGUGGGUACUCAGCUUGACCCCAUCCAGCUGUCCAUCUUCUCUCACCGCUUCAUGAGCAUUGCUGAGCAGAUGGGCCGCAUCCUGCAGCGCACGGCCAUAUCCACCAACAUCAAGGAGCGUCUCGACUUCUCCUGCGCCCUCUUCGGGCCUGAUGGGGGUCUGGUCUCCAAUGCCCCCCACAUCCCUGUGCACCUGGGUGCCAUGCAGGAAACUGUGCAGUUCCAGAUCCAGCACUUGGGGGCUGACCUCCAUCCUGGCGACGUGCUGCUGAGCAACCAUCCCAGCUCAGGGGGCAGCCAUCUUCCAGACCUGACUGUCAUCACACCGGUGUUUUGGCCGGGUCAGACCCGGCCUGUGUUCUAUGUGGCUAGCCGAGGGCACCACGCAGACAUUGGGGGCAUUACGCCAGGCUCCAUGCCUCCCCACUCCACCACGCUGCAACAGGAGGGGGCCGUCUUUCUGUCCUUCAAACUCGUCCAGGGGGGCGUCUUCCAGGAGGAGGCGGUGACCGAGGCCCUGCGGGCACCAGGCAAAAUCCCUGGCUGUAGCGGGACCAGGAACCUGCAUGACAACCUGUCAGAUCUGCGUGCCCAGGUGGCAGCCAACCAGAAGGGCAUCCAGUUGGUGGGAGAGCUCAUCGGGCAGUACAGCCUGGACGUGGUGCAGGCCUACAUGGGCCAUAUUCAGGCAAACGCUGAGUUGGCAGUGCGCGACAUGUUGCGGGCCUUUGGGACUUCCCGGCAGGCCCGGGGACUGCCCCUCGAGGUGUCUGCCGAGGAUCACAUGGACGACGGUUCCCCCAUCCGCCUCCGAGUGCAGAUCAACCUGACUCAGGGCAGCGCUGUGUUUGACUUCAGUGGCACCGGGCCCGAGGUGUUUGGCAACCUCAACGCACCGCGGGCCAUAACGCUGUCGGCCCUCAUCUACUGCUUGCGCUGUUUGGUGGGACGGGACAUCCCGCUCAAUCAGGGCUGCCUGGCACCGGUGCGUGUCGUGAUUCCCAGGGGCUCCAUCCUGGACCCGUCCCCAGAGGCGGCCGUGGUGGGCGGCAACGUGCUCACGUCGCAGCGUGUGGUGGACGUCAUCCUGGGGGCCUUCGGGGCCUGCGCAGCCUCCCAGGGUUGCAUGAACAACGUGAGGGGCGAGCCGGGCGCUCGUGGUUUAAACCUGCUGAUCCGCAAAGACGGCCGGACGGUGAAUCUGGGCGGGAAGACGUCGGUGCCCGUGUACCCCGGGGACGUGUUCUGCCUCCACACCCCCGGCGGCGGGGGCUACGGGGACCCGGAGGACCCCGCCCCACCGCCGGGGUCGCCCCAGCAAGCGCCGGCCUUCCCCGAGCGCGGCAGCGUGUACGAGUACCGCCGGGCCCAGGAGGCUGUGUGAGGGCCUCAAUAAAGAGCGCUGAGGCCGCC